AUGGCGAUGUCUGCAGAGGCUUGCAGUACCACCGGUACGCACAGCAACACUCGUAAGAAAGGCUUCGGCGCACCGGAUCGCAAUGGGUAUGUGAAAACACGCGUCACCCCGCGGUGCAGAGACCCGGACUGUGAAGCGUGGCUCAGGCUGAUGUUUAACAAACUCUGGAGUUCCCAGAGGUUCCGGAGUGCUGCGUGCGUUGGCUCGCUCUCCGUCUUCCUCGCCGCUCUGGUCAAAUGCGCAGGCUGGACAGCUGAGGCCAGCAGCAGCAGCGCUGACAACACACUCUCGCCCUCACCGUCCCCCCUCCACUUUGUUUCAGACUGCGCAGCCGAGCUGUUGCAAACUUGCUGGAGUGCGCUGUCGUUGCUGUUUGCGCUCGUAUGUGCCUUCUUAUGGGUCGGCGUGUACUUGAUCCACUGCGGGGUGCUGAUCGAGACCCUCCUCUCCCUCCUGACCUUGUGUCACCUGGGCGAAGUGGCGGCGUGGGCUCUACUGGACGGGACAGAUGAGCAGCUGUUCUUGUCCGCCACAGCGGCCGGGGUUGUGCUCCUUUGCGCGGUCGCGGGAGUACUCAUGGUAGUUCGGCUGAACCAGGGCACAUCGGUGAUCGUUCUCAUCAGCGUGGCCAGGACUAUCUCGCUGCUCUCGCUGCACAAAGUGCGAGCCGCCUGGAGACCGUACGUGGCGUACCUGGUCGGAGUGCUGGGCAUCCUGCUGGCGAGGUAUGCUGACAGGCUCCUGCCUAAACAAGGGACACACAAGGAGGGCUGCAACCCCGUGACUGGAGCCAGGGAAGAGAUUCCUGUAUUUAAAAGGCGCAGGAGGUCCAGUUCAGUUAUAGCCUCAGACAUGGCACACAGUCAGUCCAACAGUAAGACACACCGACGGACCUCUCUGCCAUGCAUCCAGAGGGACCAGAUGCUUUCUCGUUCAGAAUGGGACCACAAGAGAGGCUCCCGAGGAUCACAGUCCUCCGGCACGACUGUGAUGGUGGACAUAGCGGUGAUGGGAGAGGCCCACGGACUGAUCACAGACCUCCUGGCCGACCCCUCUCUGCCGUCCCACACCUGCACGUCGCUGCGAGCCGUCAGCAGCCUCCUAACCACCCAGCUCACCUUCCAGCCGCUUCACCGGCCGCGCCCCGCCCCCCUGCUCAUCCCCUGUGAUGGCUACACCUGUUCUGACUCAGAAGAGGGACCCGAGAAAGGGGAGAAGACGUCGAUACACAAGCGUCUCAGGCGGAGUCUCCAUCCUGGCCUUCUGAGGAGGAUUUCUUCCACAUGGACGACCACCACCUCAGCCACAGGACUGCCCACCAUCGAGCCUGGGCCUGUUCGAAGGGACCGCAGCUCCAGCAUCAAACCGUACCAUGAAACACUCACAUGCAGUUGUGGGAGACCGUACAUCAGGCUGACCCACGGAGAGGGCUCUAUAGAUAAGGGAGACAGGACACCACGAACAGAGGACCCUGUAGUUGUGUCAUCAGACUACGACAGCACCCAUGAAGCCAACCACAGUGACAGCAGUGAUGUAGCACAAACAGAGGACACAGAAAAGGGGAAAAACCCCUCCCAGAAUGUCAUCCUCCAUGCACUAAUACCUCCCGAGGACAAACCCAUUCUGGCACAAGAGCCAUUAGUAAUGGAAGACCUGGAGCCUUUAAUGAGUCAAUUAAAUAAUUGGAACUUUCCUAUUUUCACUCUAAUGGAGAAGACAAAUGGAAAAUGUGGGAGGAUCCUUAGUCAGGUGUCUUACAGGCUCUUUGAGGACACUGGCCUGUUCGAGACCUUUAAGAUCCCCGUUAAAGAGUUCAUGAACUACUUCCAUGCUCUCGAGAGCGGCUACAGAGACAUACCAUAUCACAACAGGAUCCACGCCACAGAUGUGCUUCAUGCGGUCUGGUACCUCACCACGCAGCCUGUGCCUGGUCUACCCAGCCUCAUUAAUGAUCACAGCUCAGCCAGUGACUCGGACUCUGACAGUGGGAUAACACACAGUCACAUGGGCUUCCUGGUUUCAAAGACCUACACUGUGUCAGAAGAUGGAUAUGGCUGUCUGUCUGGCCUCAUACCCGCUCUGGAGCUGAUGGCACUUUACGUAGCUGCUGCAAUGCAUGACUACGAUCAUCCUGGGAGAACAAAUGCUUUCCUCGUGGCCACCAGCGCCCCUCAGGCAGUGCUGUACAACGAUCGCUCGGUCCUGGAAAAUCACCACGCCGCCUCUGCCUGGAACCUCUUCAUGUCACACCCAGACUACAACUUCCUGGUCAACCUGGACCACGUGGAGUUCAAACGCUUCAGGUUCCUGGUCAUCGAGGCCAUCCUGGCAACGGACCUCAAGAAGCACUUUGACUUCCUGGCUGAGUUCAAUGCCAAGGUGGGCGAUGAUCCGUCAACAGGUGUUGACUGGUCUAAUGAGAAUGACAGGUUACUGGUGUGCCAGAUGUGCAUUAAGCUGGCAGACAUCAAUGGGCCUUUAAAGUGCAAGGAUCUACAUCUGCAGUGGACCGAGGGCAUUGUCAACGAGUUCUAUGAACAGGGCGAUGAGGAGUCCAGCCUGGGGCUUCCUGUCAGCCCCUUCAUGGAUCGAGCAGCACCGCAGCUGGCCAAGCUUCAGGAAUCGUUCAUCACGCACAUCGUCGGACCGCUCUGUAACUCCUACGACUCGGCUGGCCUCAUACCUGGACGGUGGGUGGAGCCAGAGCCUGAGGAGGAGGAGGCAGAGAUCGCGGAAAGCGAGGAGGCAGAUGAAGACGGAUCCACCUGCUCUGACGCAUCGCAAAAAGCAGCUCCCAAGAAAAGGAGGAAAGUAUUUUGCCAGAUCACACAGCACCUGCUGGAAAAUCACAAGAUGUGGAAGAAAGUGAUAGAAGAGGAAUCCCAGAAUGAGGAGCAAGGAACAGAGUCCGCCCAUUUCAACAAAGUCGCUGAGCCGAUUCUGGCUAUUGACGAAGAAGAGGAGGAUUCGGGCAGCAGGGAAGAGCAAGUGGAAGGAGAGCAUUGUGAGGAGGAGACAGAGAAAGCAGAGUGGCACGUCUCUGACAGGGACGACUCUCAGACUCCAGAGGAGGGAGGGGACAGCGAACCACAGUGAAACCUCUAAACUCCAGACACCCUCAGAUAGAGACGCAGCAUCAGUCAGGAUAAGGAUGUAAAGAAAUGUUCCUUUUGACCUUAUCCUACUGACUCCUGUUUCUGCCAGCACAUUACUUAGACACAACACUGUAGAUGUUUGGGAAACGCGUGCCUACAGAGAAGAGAAAACAAAACAAACAAACAUGGUGGGAAAUUUUGUGCUUUACAUGUUUAAUCUGAAUAUGUGGUUUUACCAAACAUUUAUAUGGUUUUUUCUUUUCCCACAUUGCAAUAAUACAUUAUUCAUGGACUUUGAGAUACAGACUAUUUUCCUACUGUCAGGAGUUGAAGACAAGCAGUUGCAUAGGUUUUAACAAAGUGUGGUAACACAGGACUGCAGAAAGUUGCUGCCAAUUUAUGCAGAAUUAUUUCCCGAAUGUGAUUAUAUAUAAACGUCACCAUCACAUGCUUGUGUUUUGAUUGUAGCUCAACUUUUUCGGUUUAAACUGUGCUAGCUUAUGUUAUUUUCAUUUUUUUUAUCCACACAUGGAUUGUAAAAGGACUGAUUUACACAAUAAUCUUCUUCCUUUCAACUCUUGACAGAAAUAAUCCCUCACUUGUGGGUUUUAGCACCCAAAGUCAAAUAUCUAUAAAUAUUAUGUUUGAUGUUUAUUGCCAAAUGAGGUACUUAAUGCCGUCAUGUAGAGAUACGGCUCAGAAACGCAGAGACAGCUCUGAAAUGUCUCUAUGCGUUGGCAUUUGUGUGUUCCUCAGUUUUUACUCUAAUGUACACAUUUGUUCUCCAGAAUGCAGAGGGGGGAAAAAAAGUCAGAUUAUUCCAUUUUUAAACUACAGUAAACCUGAUGUCAAAGACACAACUGUUUUACAGCAUUGCCUGUCAAGAGUAUUCAUACGCCUUUAACUGUUUCCUACCACAAUGACAAACUCGCUUCAGUCAGACCAAAGUUAAACUUUAAUUAAACAUGCAAAACAUAAUUUAUGAGAGGAAAAAGUAAUGCUGCAAUGCCAGCCUGAAUCCCAUCCACAUAGUGCAACAAAUAAUGGUGGCAGCAUCAUGCUGUGAGCCAUUUUAUUCCUCCAUUAGUUAAGGAAGUCAUGAAAAGAUGAAUAGAAAAACAGUAUUCUUGAGAAUGGGACUAAACUGUUACAAUCUAGCCAGAGCCAAACUAAAAUGGUUUAAGUCAAACACAUCCGAGUUCUUUAACCUAUCUGAUGGAGAAAGAGGAAUUGGAAAAGGAGAUUCUACAAAACAUGGACUGGAAUUCAAUAUAAGUUAACACCACAUUUUUCUCAUUUUUAAUUACGCAAAACAAAACAAAAAAGAAAAUUCAGUGAAAUUUGGGGCCAUAAUUAAUAGAUUAAAUCUUAACCAUAGAAAAGAAAUGCUGUCCAUUUCAACACGUUGCUGAAAACAAGACAGUAAUUGUAUGACAAUAAAAACAUUUUUCACACAGAAUUUUUUUUUUUCUGUAGAAAAUUUUUUAUAUUUUUUUGUUGUUUUUAAUUUUAGAGAAAAAAAAUGACAGGACAACAAUCUCUAAAUUAAGUGAGCUGUCACAAACAAGAUCUAAAUUCAGUCACAUUGUUGCCAGAAAUUAAUAAUCUUUGGGAGAUUUUUCACCAAAGCUGUUCCAGAUCUUGUCCAGAGCCGGAACCAGUUUCAGUUCUGAUUUUCCACAGCCAGAGAAACAACUUUGUUCUGCUUUGCUAUGCCACAAAAAAUCUGUAGAGGACCACAGUGCAGUGAGUAACUUAAACUAUGUUAGUCACAUAAUAUAUCUCUGUACCCCUGCAAUUAAAUCCCCAAUGUCCCUAACCUAAGAGAUAAACAUUGUUUUAACCAAGUCAUGUACUGUAGUUGUGAACUGUGGCUCUCUGAUCUACAGUGGUGAAUUACACACUGCCUUUAAAAGAGAACUCAUCAAAAAUUACCUUUUGUAAGUCACACACAACAUAGAUCAGCAAAUUGUGAAACCGUGUUUGCCAGUGCAAAUAGCGAUGGUGAACAAAACGCAAGCAUUGUAUUGACUCACAUGUGACUCCAUGAUGCGCGAUAGCAAAACUAAAAGCUGAACGAUGACUCAAGAUGUUCAAAUGCUUGUUCAGUCUUAGAUUCAUGUCAAAGUUUAGAUCUAAAACCUGAAGUAAGUUUGGAGUUUUUACUUGGCCCAAUUAAGUGUCACUUAUCUUAGACAGCACCAGAGUUUUGGAGCCGGAAACAGAAAGAGUUGGUGCUGAGUGAGCACCAGAACCGCUGUGGUGGAAAACAAGCUAAAGCUAAAGUUUAUAUUAAAACGGUACUGAGUCAUUCUUCUGAACUAGUGUUCAGAAAUGGCUCAGCAUUUUUGGGAAGUCAUCUAGUGACCAAACUUGAACAGGAGAACAUAAAGUUCUUAAUUUAAAACUUAAAGACCAAUACAAGGAAUGAACCGACUAAAUUACACGUUGAAGGUUUUAUGGGAGUUGUCAUUUUUUAUUUGGUUAGCGAUGUUUACACUUUUUGAAUGGGAGUUCUUUGAAGUCUGUCAGAUUUCACUUACAGGUAUUUUUAGCUUCAUCCGUCUUUUAGAUUAAUUAUGUAAUCGGACUCAAGGUGCUGAGUUUUAUUUUUUUUUCUAAAGUAAAUCUUAGCUACUGACACUGGUUGUUACCCUCAGGAAAACUACAUCUGUAUCACAUUUAAAGACAAACACAAACACGUCUUUGAAAGGCAACGAACAACUAAAGACACUUACCGUGUCUUUGUGCAGUGAAUCUGUUUGAUUCUCCUGGCACCUCAGGGACUCGUUCAUUCUCCUACAGUUCACAGCAGACAGCAUG